UGUCAAAUGUCAACCAACUACCGUCAAAAAAAUUGAUGAUGGAUUUUGUCAGAUUUUGGGAUGGGUUUUGUUUGUUGAUAUUAUUGUAGUUUUACGAUUGUAAGUUCAAAUAACUAUUUUGCUCAAUAAUGUCAAACCCAGCUGAAGGAAAUUCACCGUCGACAGAAGACAAAGAAUUGCCCGAUGACCCUUCCAACAAACAGGAUGUGGUGGACAUGGAUGAAGAGAUAUCAGCUCGGAUGACGGCUUCCUACAGUGAAAUAUCAUUCCAUUCAGACCAAGGCCUCAGUCCUGAAGACCACAAGGCUGCUGGGCCUUCCAGGCCUUACAACUUGCCCUCAGAAAACCGCAAACAAGAGAAGUUUCCUUUAGACAUGGAUGGGCAUGUGAGAUACGAAGGGGACAUGACUCACUAUGUUGCUGAUGAUUUAGAGUUUAAAAUUAAACUCUCCAGUCCCAUAACUAAGAGAGGCGAAACUCCAGUAUUUGGUAGUUCAACUAGCGCAUCCAGAUCAAGCACUCCUUCUGGAAAACUUUAUAGACAAAUACUGGCACCUCAAAUAGGACAAAUUGAUAUAACAGUAUUGAAUGAUCUCGAAUAUGAAGCUCAAAGGAUAGCACAGUCAGUAGAUAAUCUAAUAGAAAAUUUAUCCAGCAUACUGCAUUCCAAUUCUUCGCUGACUGCUGAAAAUAUGGAAGUAUACAAGGAUGCUGUUGGCAAGACAUGUGAUGCAAUGGACAAUAACAUCAAAAGCAUGUAUACGAUUCUAGCUAAAGGUGAAGAGGUGUCACAAGCAAUGAUCCCUGUUCAAGCACAGGCUGCAAGGAUAGCAGAAAUAAAGAGACUACUUCAAAUUUUUGAAAAUAACUUUUAGCAUGUAAUUGUUGCUUUGUUAUUAAUGUAACUAGUGGUUAGUUGUAAAUAAUACAUUUAGAUUUUGUUUAAUGUCUUCAUUCAAUAA